AUGCACAAGAGAGGCAUGCAUGGACAAUGCCCGCCAUCGGACAUCCCGGAGCCCUUCACACAAUGGUCCGGCUGGGGAGGUAACUAUCACAACAAUGCAUGGGCUAGUCAAAACAGACAGAUUUCCUCCUCCAACAUCAAGUCUGCCAUAGCCUCAUGCAAUGUCUCAUACCACAUUGGCGUCAGUGCAACACCAGUGGUCUUUGGAAACACCCAAGUCAACGUCACGGACAUUAUUGAAAACUAUGCUUCGUUUAUUACCAUUCCAUUUGGUCCCCAUCCUGUGUCACGCACGAGUCCGCAAAUUGAAGUCGUGAUGAUGUCUCCAAAAUUCUUUGACGGCAUGCUGUUCAUCGGGGCUUCGAGUGUGGAAGAGAACCUCACUCUCCAACCCACUUACCCCUGUUGCUCCGCUCUAGGCUGGUCUGGAGCUGCUCUGUGGGGCAGCCAACCAGCAAUUGACACCAACCGUCGUCAGGUCUUCGUUGCAACCGGGAACUCCUACUCCCUUCCCGAAGUGAUCAUCCAAUGUCAACACGACACUCAAAACAUCGCGGCCGUUGUUCAGGGCCUCGUCCCUGAUUCUUGUCUCCCAGCGGAUAUCUGGCAAGAAUCAGUGCUCGCCAUUGACAUUGACCUCGGAAUCAUGAACUGGGUCCACCAACUUCCACCUCUUGAUGCUUAUUCCGCCGGUUGCGGAUUCCCAGGCAUAAGGCCUCCAAACAUAACUUUAUGUCCAGAGGUCCCAGGACUGGAUACUAGUUUCGCCAUGGCUCCUGCGUUUGUACUUGGAUCUUCAUCCACGCCUUAUGAAUGGGAAUCUUACGCCAUGUCUGCACAAGCUGGGACAAUUUUCUGGACAACGGUCACGAGCCCGGAUGGCAUUGGAGGUGGCUUGAGCUGGGGGUUAGCGGUCGUUGAUAGUCGGGUAUACUUCGUUGCCACGAACUCUGGUGAAGAGACGUGGAGAAUGCAGCCUUCGAACGAGGGGGGACUAGUGGCGACUGACAAGGCAACAGGGGUUGUGCUGCUGGAUCAUUGGUUGAGUAAGAAUUUUCAUAGAGGUGUUGCUAUUCAAGACCGGUAUAUACUUUUUGGGACGGGGUACUGGGGUUUCGGUUCCCCAGGAGAUGCUCCGGGGGCGAUCAAUGUAAUGCGAGUUGGAUAGUGAGGUUGUGAAUAAUGUCAGAAUUCAACAAUGAAAACAAAAUUGCAAGUGUGAGGCAGAGGAGGUAAACAAACGUGCAACAAAACUUUCG